UUACUAUUUCGAGGCUAACCUCAUACUGCAAUUUUUAGUCUGCAUUUCAAUAAGGAUGUACCGUUCGUUGCCCACCAGUGAUGCAAACUCUUGUUAUUUUCUCGUUUUAUUUCCUGAAAUCUCUUUAAUGAAAAUAGUUCGUUUGAUGUGCCAGUUAGAAGAACACUGAUUUUAGUUGCUGGAAGGAUAUGAAAGCUCGGCUUCCUUAAACUCGGGGCACUUUCAGAAUUACUAGAAGCAGUUACAUCACCUGGUACCCAUGAAAUGUCUCAAGUGAACCAACUGAGAAGCUGCACUUUUAUUAGGAAUAAAUGAACCGUACAAAAGGAGGAAGAAACAGAAUGAAAUAUAGAUGAAUGCAAUAAAUCUAUGCAGAUACACGCAAAUUUCAUUGUACUAAAUUUGGGGCAGUUACCUAUGAGCAGCCAAGCCAGGUUACACAAUGCAAUCUGCAUUCAGUGUUGGUUUUUCCCUCUGUCAGACCAGUUCUGACCAACUCAGUGGUACCAACUCCUAAGAUUACUAAAGCUUACUCAGAUUUCUUCAUUCUCUCUUAUUCCUGUCACAGUCUGUAUUGUCUGCUUGCUUCAUCUUUUCUUCUUAUUAACCAAGCUCAUCAUGAAUUUCUGCCAUCAUUUCCUGUUUUGGUUCAAUCUGUCCUUGGGGAUCUACAGCUUUUGUCGUGUAGGUGUGUGUGUGUGUGUAUGUGUGAAGAACCUGCAGGCAGCUAAAUUCAGGGAUGCAGAGACACCAUUUUCUUCUCAUGGCCACCCAUAUUUCAACCAUGGUUCUGGAGCAGCCCCCUCCCUUUGCAGCCCUUUGCCCUCCAAUGUGCCCUUUAGAAAAGGGUUUAAACAGUUCUGCCCCAAAGAGGAAGAGGAGAGGAAGACCCCUCAAGGGUGGGAUCUUUAUGAACUUUAUUGCUGACAUGUUUUUUUAUUGUGUUUCGCGUUUUGAGGCACUGAGAGCCAGUUCAUUUUGGGAGGAGUCGAUGGCAUACGCAAAUGUGGUGGGUUGGCAUCUGUUUGCAUCAGUAGCAGAGAAAAAUCUAUUUAGAGAUGUUUGAUAGAUAGUUUUGCAAGACUUCAAGCAACCAUUUUGAGCUCCUUGAGGGAAGUCCCAGUCCAGAUGCUUUCCAGGCUCCUAGCUAAAAUCUGAUUCCUAAGCAUAGCUUGGUUUGAUUGGCACCAGCCCUGCAGUGUGGGAAAAGCUUGCUCGACCCCCUUGCAAAAUUCACAGUUGGCUCUCCUCUUCCUCACCCUCCCAGCUUGGAGGAACUGGCCCUUUCCUCUCCCUUUCGCUCCCCACUACAUUAGGGGAAAACACGGAAAGGCAAGCGCUGAGCAGCAACCCAGCUGCCCCUGACUGACUGCUGCACUGAGGCGUUCAAACUAAACCAAGGAGGCAAAUCCUUCAAACCAGAUUGGAAUCAAUUUAGCAUCCCUAAUGCUUGAAAUGACCCUUCCCUUCCCCUUCAGUCCUUUUUAAAGGUCCUUAAAAUAUUUGUUUUUUCCUCCACGGGAUCUUUAUGAAUCUAACAGUUUAUCUUUUCGGUGCAGGAAAUGAUGCCAGUUAAAUUAAGGCAGAGUAUCCUAAACUGAUAAUUACAUUGUUCAAGUUUGAUCAUUGUUUACCCCACACUUUGCAUUUUCAUUCUUUGUACUGCAUUUACAAUAGAUCGAAGUGCACAGCAUGCAAAAAUAUGACUGUUUAAACCAAAAAUAGAAUGUGUAGGGAGGGGAAUGCAAAUGAAAACAGAAAACCUUAUCAACUAAAGGAGCCAGAAUCUGCAUAAUUAGAAUGACUCUCUGUCAGAUGUCUUAUUAAUAAGAGUUCUGCAGCUGCUCAGAUACCUUUCACAAACUCCUUUUCCAGAAUAGGAAACUUUAAAGCCCCCCUCCCCCUCCCCAUUUCACGGACAGCAGAAGUUUCACUGCUUUCGGGUAUUGUGAUUUUCUCUCUCUAUUUAACUUCCAGGAACAAAAAUCUGGCUGAGUGAGAAGUGAAAGCAAUUCAGAUCAAAGCAUCCACAAAAUACCACAGUUACAUCCCGCUGAGCUGUUAAAAACAUCACUCAGUUUUUCUAAUCCUCUCCCAAAUAAUGUGAUAGUCAUUCAGCCAGAUUUUAACGUUGGUUGGAUGAUUAGAUAAUGGCAAGGUUGUAGGAAAAAAGAACUGAUUUUUUUUCCGAGACCACUCCGGAGCUGGGGUGUGUGUGUGUCUCUUCCUUGUUCCCCCUGCUUGGACUUUUCAUGUCUCUCAGAUACCACCACCCCGUUUCUUGAUCUCAUCUUGAGUUUUGUCUUAAGGGAUCUGAGGCAGCAGAGGAGGGGGAGGGGGGCAGAGAUUCUGUUUCUUGCAGCCAAAUACAAGACAGAAAUAUAGUUUAUAAAAUAUUGCAUGCAUCACAAUGCUCCAUAUUUUCCAAAGGCAUAGCAGGCUGCACACCCCACAGUGACCUAGUUGGUGUGCAGUUACACUGAAGCAUCACUGCAGAUGGUGGCGGCACUGCUAAAGCCGAAAGGUUCUGCAGUCUCAUCCAUACCUUCCAACUUUAACAACUCCCAAGACUCCGAUCUCAGCAACUUCCUUUGCAUCAGGCUAAGACUUCAUAAAUCCCGGACCUCCUUGGGCAAAGAAGGGCCGGAACGAAAGACUUCCGAGCUGCUCUGUACUUCCUUUAAUGCAAUAGGGGAUAUUUUGCAAUCCUUUUGAGCACUGUAACCUCUUAUGCCAUUCUUUGCAGCUCUGAGAACUGUUGGGACCAAGGAAGGAAGAGGGCUGAGCAACCGCAGUUCCUUAAGCCAGCUCCUAACACAAAGCAGCAGUUGUGUUUCUGGUCACUUUCCCACCUGAUGGCCCCCGUGGCAAAGUUCUGGGCAGGUGCGUCUCUCCUUGGCAUCGUCCUCUUCUGGAAUGUCCCACUUCUCUUCAAGCUGUCCGAUGACCCUCCAAGAUUUACAAGGCACAACGGCACCUUGAGCCUCCUGAUCUGGAGCUGGCCCUUUGGGGCAGCCACAGACCUGACCGGUGAUGUCUGCUCCAGGCUGUAUGGCAUCACGGGCUGCCAACUGACCACAAACCGCCACCUGUUCAACCAAGUGGACGUUGUGGUGUUCCAUCACUGGGAACUCCAGUAUGAAAGAAGGGACCAUCUGCUGUCCAAGGCCCACCCUGGGCAAAAGUGGGUUUGGGCCUCCCUGGAAUCUCCAAGCAACACCAAAGCCCUGGAGGGCUGGACGGGGAAGGAAUGGAACUGGGUCCUCUCAUACAGGCGAGACGCUGACCUCUUCUUCCCCUAUGGGGAGCUGGUGCCUCACUCGCUGGAGGUGGUGGAGAUCCCAGAGAAAACGGGCUUAGUGUGCUGGGUGAUCAGCAACUAUCAUGCCUCCCAAGCCAGGGCAGUGAUGUACCAUGAACUGUCCAGGCACCUCAGAAUCGACGUGUUCGGGAAGGCCAACAGGAAGCUGCUGUGCCCAGACUGUUUGCUACCAACCAUCUCCAAGUACAGGUUCUAUCUGGCCUUCGAGAACUCCAUCCACCGGGACUACAUCACAGAGAAGUUGUGGAAGAACGCCUUCCUUGCCGGCUCCGUGCCCAUCGUCCUGGGCCCCUCCCGCGCCAACUACGAGCAGUUCAUCCCCGCCAACUCCUUUAUCCACGUGGACGACUUCAGCUCAGCCAAGGACUUGGCCACUUUCUUGACCACCAUGAAUGAGAGCCACUACCGGAACUUCUUUGCCUGGAAGCGGAACUACACGGUCAGACUCCACCAGGACUGGCGGGAACGGUUCUGCUCCAUCUGCCAGCAGUACCCCCACUUGCCCCCAAAUAAACUCUACCCGGACCUGAAGCGCUGGUACUGGGAUUACUAG